AUGGCCACCUUUAUGGACCCAGGGGUCUUUCCCAGAGGUAAGGAGAGUGUGUUAAAGAUAAAUUACUUAGGUGUGAAAAAGGUGUGUUUCAGUGUGUAAGUUGUGUGUGUGUGUUCACAGCGGAUGAGGAUGAGGAUAAAGAGGAUGAUUUCCGCGCUCCGCUCUAUAAGACAGUGGAUAUCAAGGGCAUUCAGGUCCGGAUGAAGUGGUGUUCAAGUUGCCGCUUCUACAGACCGCCCCGCUGCUCACACUGCUCUGUGUGUGACAACUGUGUGGAGGUAAACACACACUUCUCCAGACUGCCACCCUGCUCACACUACACGUGGUAUGACGGGUGACAACUGUGUUGUAACAAGUUGUCGGAAGCAGCAAUAUAAAUAUCAAAUAUAUCAGUUAUUUAAUUUUUUCUCUGUUGACCCUUUUACACGCCGUUUGACCUGUGUGUGACCUGGCAGGACUUUGACCACCACUGUCCGUGGGUGAACAACUGUAUUGGGCGCAGAAACUACCGUCACUUCUUUCUGUUCCUGUUGUCGCUGACGAUCCACAUCAUGGGUGUGUUCGGCUUCGGCCUGCUCUACGUCCUCCACCACCAGCACCAGCUGGACAGGGUUCACUCCGCUGUCACGUAUCCUUAUAGACACACACACACACACACACACACACACACACACACACACACACACUUGUUGCUCUGGUUUUGGUGUCCUUGACUGUGUGUUCCCAGUAUGGCUACAAUGUGUGUUGCUGGCCUCUUCUUCAUACCAGUAGCAGGUCUUACUGGUUUCCACAUGGUACUGGUAGCUCGGGGUAGGACCACUAACGAGCAGGUACGCCUGUCUAUCUGGGUGUGGGUCUUAGUGUGUUUUCCUCUGAGAUGACUGACAUGAUCCGGAUUAUCUAAAAAUAGACCAUCUCUCUCUCUCUCUCUCUCUCUAGGUCACAGGGAAGUUUAGGGGCGGAGUUAACCCUUUCACCAAUGGCUGUCUGAGGAACAUCUCACACGUGCUCUGUAGCGCUCAGGCUCCCAGGUUAGCGACCGUCUCUCCUUCAUGCCUCCUCUUUUCUUCUGCUGUUGCAGCUUAUGGUUGAACAAGACCCUCAGGGGAACUCAGUGUAGCCUGUGUUAUGGUGGUUAACUAAGUAAUAUAUCUAACAAUUGAUGUGUGUAAUGUAGUGUGAAGUUGGUGUAUGUUUCAGUGGAACGUUUCAGGGAAGUCAUUCAUGUGUGUUUUGCUAUCUCUGUCAGGUAUGUGGAGCGGUGGCGGGGCAAACAGACAGCGGAGGUGCAGCCUCCCUUCCUCCGCCCUCCUCUCUCCUCCGCCCAGCUAGAAGCCAAAGUCCUGGACAACGGCAUCCAGAACGACUGCCACAGCACCAGGGUACACACACACACAGAUAUAAAAUAAACUCAUAGCUGUCUCUCAUGUGUAUGAAAUGUCUUGUCCCUUCCUGUCCCUGUCAGUCUAAGAGCAGUUUAGAGCAGAUGGAGAGCCAGUCAGCCGACGCAGAGCCUCCACCUCCUCCCAAACCGGAGCUCCGCUACCCUGGCCUGCCCCGCGCUGACACCGAGGGUGAGCAGUGAACACACACAAGCACUCACGAAUCCCACCCAGACGACGCUGUCUAGUUUUUAACGCUGUUGUUUUUUUCCUCCAAUCAGAGAGCAGCUUGCUGUCUGAAGGUCCGCCCACUCCCUCUAUGUACAAGUACCGGCCGGCCUAUAGCAGCCCACAGAGGAACCACACCGCUCUGACACACCCAAACAAGGUACGCACGCAUGCACACACAUACAUACACAUGCAUACAUUCCCCUCCGUAUUAGGGCUGUGACGAUACCAGUAUCGCAAUAUUUUUUUACAUGCCAAUAAUGUUUUGUUUCCUUGCCAUGAUAUUAACGAGUAUCGCAAUACUGGUAUCGUCCUGGCUGUACUCCGUAUGUAUUUGGACGGUGAAGCUAAAAUGUUACAUUUGGCUCUAUACUCCAGCAUUUGGGAUUUGCAUUAUUUAUUUUUUUAUCAUGUGAAGUGGCAGUACAAAAUGUCACCUAUUUAUUUGAGGGUAUGUUCAUACAUAACUGUUUUACCGUUUAGAAAUGAAAGCACUUUAUUCACCAUUCACUUGCUAUUAGGCAAAGCAUAAUCUGAAACAGAACCAAAACAAGCUGCAAAUGCAUCCAACUAAUUUGUAAAGUCACAAGCUUGAUGUAGGCAUUGUGUGCAGGGAAUAUGGGACUAAAUAUUACACUUUAGACUACUUUAAUACACUAUAAGUGAAUUUUGUCCAAAAACUUAUGACAUCUUAAAAUGGGGGACUAGAUAUAAAGUGCUUUCAUUUCUAAAUGGUCAAACAGAUAUGUACGAAAAUACCAUCAAAUACAAGUUCUGUACUGUCGCCUCAUAUGAAACAUUUGUUCUCAAAUCCAAAAUGCUGGAGUAUAGACAAAUGUAACAUUUUAGCUACACUGUCCAAAUACAUAUGGAGGGGAGUGUAUACAUGUUUCUUACGCAGUGCCGACCUUUAACAUUUGAGAUGACAGCCACCAUGAGAUCCCUUCCCUGAGACAUAGCUACUGCUUUAGUUUAUAAUCUCAUACUAAACACAGGGUCAAAUCAGUUGAUAGAUCAGCUAUAGAAGGUUAGGUGGGAUUAAGCCUAGGGCAUCCAGGUGGGACUAGCAGAGACCCCUCUCUGAGGUCCUGGCUUUUCUUCUUUCCUUUGUGCUUAACUCCAUCCCCCUCUUUCUUUUACUCUGAAUUGAUCACUCAGUGGCCAUCGGUUGAUCAGUAAGUCUCAGUGUCGUGUGUUCGUUUAUGUCUGUAAAAAGGUGUAUCCUUGUGACUUUACUUCCCCCCGACUCUGCAUUUACUUGAAUGCCUGUUUUUUAUAGAUUUCUAUGUUUCUGUUGUGGUGCUAAUGUUAUUUUGCAAGGUUCGUGUUCUGGUACUCCAUCCUCCCCUGCUGGCUCUCUGUAGAAACGGUGUUCUGUAGAAACGUCUGUGUUGUCUUCUGUUGAGGAAUGUCUCCUCAAAGUAAUCCCUUUGUAACAUACGUUCCCAUCCUCCUUCACUCUCUUCAUUUUACCUUCACUACCUCUUUCUGCUCUUCUCUCCUAUUCUUAUCUUCUCCUCCUCUCUCGCUCUUUCUUCUCUCUCCAGAUGAUUAGUGGGGACAGUCUUGACUCUCCCUCCAUCCUCCAGUCGAGUUGCCAGCCCAGCUAUCGGUCUGAGCCCAGCACCCUGGAUGGGGGGUCGAUAAUAGGUGUGGGGGCGCGUAGAGGGGGAGGGGAGAAGGGCGAGGGCCCCGGGGUAACCAGUGGGACAGGUGGGGGCGUCUUGGGGGGCAUCUCCGAGUACUCCCUAGGGGGGCGGUCGUACACUUCCUACCCCUCCUCUCUGGUCUUGUCCACCGGUGACUCCCUCUCCUCCAGCAUGCGCUCCGCCCACACACACCACAAUACUCUGGGCACGCUCCAAUCAGAGGGCACCACCGACACCAGCUACAAGAGCCUGGCCAAUCAGACACCUCGGAACGGCAGCCUGUCCUACGACAGCCUGCUGACACCGUCCGAGAGCCCAGAGUUUGAAUCGGCCGCUCAUGAGCUGUCCCCCCAGAAGCCCCACGCCACCGCAGCGUUUCCCCUGGCAACGACGACCUCCUCGCUGCCCGGGGUUGGGGAUGCGCCCCUGCAGGGGUACACCUCGCCCUUCCUCUCUGCACAGAUGGCCCAGCAGAGGGAGGGCCAGCUGCUCCAGGGCUCUGCCUCUUUCUCCUCCCCCCACAGGGCGUACCUCCGCGCCAUCAGCCCGCCCCCGCCGACUCCUUCCCCACACGCUGCCCACCCCGAGACACUGCACCUCCUCCACCAGGACACCAGACACCCACACCUCCUCCACCAGGACACCAGACACCCACACCUCCUCCACCAGGACACCAGACACCCACACCUCCUCCACCAGGACACCAGACACCCACACCUCCUCCACCAGGACCCCAGACACCCACACCUCCGAGCCUCCUCCUCUCGCCCCCUUCCUCCCGUCUCUGAACAGCCCUCCCCCCGUGCCCGUGCCCGUUCCCCUGAGCCCCCUGUGUCCCCUCCACCCCGAGGCCCCUCCCUGGGUCAGUCCCUCUCCUACACCCGAGAGGCAGGGCUCCAGCACAAGGCCCGGCCAAUGGGAGGAGGUGGUUUGUCGGGAGGGGGCGGAAUUGGAGGGACACAGGCUCCACAGUGAGUAGAGAUCUGAGCCGCAAGCCUGGUACUCUUCCUCUUCCUCCCUGAUUUAUCUAUGUGAGCCCUCCUCUUCCUCCCUGAUCAGUGUGAGUCUUUUCCUCCUCUAGAUAUCAGUGAGUGUUUAUGCUGGAGUGUGUUUUUAAUGUGUAUAAGAACUAUGCUCAGGUAUAACUGUAGUAGGAUGUAUAUCUGUGUUUGAAGUUUGUCGACUUCAUAUAGAGGCAAGUAUGUGUUUAGGUGUGAAACAGAGGUGAUUGUGUUUGUUAGCACGAGCAGUUUAGCAUGCUACUGUUUUCUCACUCCUGUCUGUUCUGUACCCUUUUCCUCCCCUCUAAUGAGCCUUCUACUCUUGUAACCUUAUCAUAAGUCUUGUUAUUACAGUAUAUGUUUUAUCAGAUCUACUCACCUCCUCUCUCACUCCCUCUGCCACCCCUAUCUGCAUCCUUAACCCCCUCCCCUUUUCCUGCCGGCUAUCCAAUUAGAUCCACCUCUCGCCCAGGCUUUGCCAAUCACAGCACAUCCAAACCAGGGGGCGGGGUGAAAAAGGUGACUGGCGUCGGAGGGACAACCUAUGAGAUAUCGGUUUGA